CCAUCUUCACCCUGGUGACUCAUAUUAAUAGUCUCAUUCAAGCUACGACGGCGGCCGAGCAUUCAAGGAGUUUGUCAGCACGAUAGACAAGUCCCCAAUUCGGGACUCGGCAUUCAACAUGGUUAUCAGCUGACUUGUACUCCCUACCCGCCUAGCCGGAUGCUUCCCAAUGCGGCGCCAACGCUGCGCACUUAAAAGUGCCACGCAUGGCAUGUCUUGAGACUCCCAAAGCACCAUGGAGGCGCUCAAGACCUUCACCGCCCAGCUCACGCCCGCGACUGUGUCGGCGCAGUCCAACAUUCUCGCCGGGGCGACCGCGCUCGGCGUCCUUGCCCACCUGUACUGGCAGCGCUUCGAGCCCGACCCCAUUAGCUAUGGCCAGUUCGCGCUCGCGCUCGGCGGAGGCCUGGUCUACUUUUUCUACCACUUCCUUGGCUCCCUGCCUACCGCAAUCCUCUACACCGCCGAGGUGUUCACCGUCUUCAACACUGUCGUGCUCCUGUCCAUGGUCAUCUAUCGCCUCUCGCCAUGGCACCCGCUAGCCAAGUACCCCGGCCCGGCUGCGGCCAAGGUCUCCAAGAUCUACUGGUGGUAUCAGGCCAAGAUCGGCCAGACGGGCUACACCCAGGCCAAGCUGCACGACCAGUACGGCGACUUUGUGCGCAUCGGUCCCAACUGGAUCUCGGUGCGCUCUGCCGAUGCCAUCCCCAUCAUCUACGGUGGCUCUAAGCUCGGUGCUGGCCACGGGCGCGCGCCAUGGAUGAAGAAUGACUGGUAUGAGGGUGCGAUCCGUGGUGCGACGCGCAUUAGUGUGCACCAGGAAGUAGACGUAGACAAGCACCACAUCCGCCGCAAGCUGUGGGACCACGGGUUUACUGGCAAGGCGCUGGCCGACUACAAGCCCGAGAUCCUUGACUUCUGCGACAAACUCGUGCGCAACGUCAAUAUGGUUGUGGCGCGUGGCAACGCCACGGGCAAGCCCCAGGCCAUCGACAUGGGCCUCCAGUCCAGCUACUUCAGCUUCGAUGUCAUGGGCGUGCUCGGCUUCGGCGAGCCGUUCGGCAUGCUUGAUGCCGGGGUCAAGCAUCUCUUCGUCGACACCCUCGAGAAAGCGAUGCGCACGCUCAUUCCCUUCCACGAGAUCAGCUGGAUCCGGAUCCUGCUUCGCAAGCUGCUUCCCCUCCCAGAGCGCCUGAAGGUCUUCGAGAAGCAAAACGAGGAGCGCUUUGAGCGGCGCGAGAAACUCGGAUCGGCGCGCCGCGACCUCUUCACAUACCUCCUCGGCGAGGAGAAGGACGGCGCCGAGACCUUCAAGCUCACGCGACUGGAGCUGAUUGCCGAUGCUGGCACAAUCGUCGUCGCAGGAUCAGACACGACCUCCUCCCUCCUCACCUGGUUCUGGUAUUACAGCACCAAGCACCCGGAGACGUACAAGACGCUGCGCGACGAACUCGCGGGCCUGAAUGCUGACCAGCUGAUCGACACUACUCUUCUCUCCAAGCUCCCGUACCUCAACGCGGCGCUCAACGAGACGAUGCGCAUGCAGCCCGCCGUCCCCGGCGGCCUGCGCCGCCUCGUGCCCAUGGGUGGCGUCGAGAUCGAGGGCCACUACCUCCCCGAGGGCACGGUACUUAGUGUGCCCGGCUACGCGAUCCAACACGACCCCCGCUUCUGGGGCAAGGACUGCAACGAGUACCGUCCCGAGCGCUGGCUCGACACCUCCGGCAAGUACAACAAGAACGCGUAUCUGCCUUUCAGCUACGGCUCGCGCGGGUGUCCCGGCAAGGGCCUUGCGAUGGUCGAGGCCCGCCUCGCUGUUGCCCAGCUUGCAACCCGCUUCGAGUUUGCGUUCCCGCCCGGCUUCAGCCAGCGCGAAUUUGAGGAAGGCGUCCGUGACCACUUUACAAUCCAGAACAUGCCGCUUCCCCUCGUCCCGAUUCCGUCCCCAGUGGCGAAGGCGGCGUAAUUGUGGGCAGCGACAAGGGGUCAAAGCAGUUGUGAUAAGGGCCGAUUUGGCCCACUGAUGAGGGUGUGCAUGCUGCUUAAGGAGUCUGUAGCGCGAGAGGACCCACAAGCGGGAAGUCGUAGGUGGAUAGUUCAGAAGUAUUGUCAUUUAUGUGAAUUGGCC